AAGCCCGCACGGGAUCCUUCCCGUUCACACAACCCAACCCCUCGGCCUGGCCCUGCCCCUGGCCUCGAUCUGCUUCUGCUCUCCGCUGCUUGGUUGGCGUUCUCCACUCCUCUUGCUCCUCGAUCUCUCCCCCUCCGGCCGGCAACCGCAGCGAUACGAGCUGCAGCGCGACCACAGACCACCGCCGGCGACACACCUUGGGCACUCAAACACCAUGAGUACCAGCAACAACACCUCCGACCUUAGCGACGAGAAGCUUAAGGACCAACGAUGCCUGACACCAGCUUCAUGGCGCUGCCCUUACUGCGACCAUGAGCUCAACUGCAAUUCGUACAUGGUUGGGUUUCCAGCAGGUGUCAAGUUUGAUCCGACAGAUCAGGAGCUCCUAGAGCACCUAGAGUCCAUGGUGAAGGAAGGAGGCUCUAGAGCACACCCCCUCAUUGGUGACUUUGUAACCACACUUCAAGGAGACGAUGGCAUUUGCUACACCCAUCCUGAGAAUCUCCCAGGUGUGACAAGAGAUGGCGUCAGCAAGCACUUCUUCCACAGGCCAUCCAAAGCUUACACCUCUGGCACAAGGAAGAGGAGAAAGAUCCAGUCAAAACGCGGUGAAGAUGUUGGCGAGGCGCGGUGGCAUAAGACCGGCAAGACACGUCCAUUGAUCGUUGGUGGUCGGCAGAAGGGGUGCAAGAAGAUCCUAGUGUUGUACAGUAACUAUGGAAAGCAAGGGAACAAGCUAGAGAAGACCAACUGGGUGAUGCAUCAAUACCACCUCGGUAGGGAUGAGGAGAAGGAUGGGGAGCUGGUCGUGUCUAAGGUCUUCUACCAGCAGACACAACGUUCUACCACAACAAUGAUGGAACAGAACGAUGAUGAAAAGGAUCAGCAGCAUCACAAGAAAGUUCACUGCAGAAGGCCUAGUUCGCAAGAAGCCAUGAUAGCGUGCCAAACAAUAAGCACAGAAGAUGUGCAGGAAGCUUCAGUUCAGCCCAAUACAACGGCCUUAUGAACACUGGCCUCCUGAUCACCACCAAGAUGGAUAGCACUGCUAGCUGUUAAGUCAUGAAUCAAUCCUAGGAGCAUCAAAUCAAUGCUGCAUUACUGCAUGGUGCUUCCUGCUCUACCACCAGGAUUUUGUUAGAGCUAGAAUUUUUAGGUUCUGAGCAUUGGUGACAUUUGAGAUGAACUCUACUACUAGCUAAGUAAUAUAUACACAUGUAAUUGUUCAGGAUAUAUUAAAUAUCUUAUCAUAUUAUAAGUUUAAUAUUAUGGGAGAAAUCUUGAUUUUGACUAGUUAUUUCUCUUUGUUAUUUUUUGAGGAAUCCGACUACCCAUCAAUGUGCAGAUUAUGUACACUACUGCAAUCCAGCUGUUUCCCUAGCGUUCAAAUUCCUAGGGGAAGGGACAAAACCCUAGGGAAACCAGUUCCCUACGGUGCUUUGUAGGGAACAUUUCCUAGGGAAUGUUUGACUGGAAACAAGUCAAUGCCCUACGGGUUGGCUGAGAAACCAUAGGGGAUCUUUGGUUUCCCUAGGAAAUUAGUUCCCUAGGAAUCUGCUGACACCACCAGGUUCCAUCUUACGUGUAAAGGCCAUUCAUAUGUAAAGUUGCUUUCCCUA